UACAUUUUAGUCGAAAAAUUCAUUAUAUUAGUUUUGGUAUUCAAAAUUUGCAGUUUCGGUUUAAGAUCAGAUUACCUUGCAAACCCUUUUAAAAAUAAAAUGAAUCAAAAAAAAAGUACGAAGAAGGUUGCAGAGGGUAUAAGUAAUGAUGAUAUUCCUAGUACUUCAAAGAAAAGUAUUUUAAAACAUCUUGCGAAAGAAGAGGUAGAAGCGGGAAAGAAGAAGGCGGUAAGAUUUGUAGAAUCGACAAGUAGUAUCAAAACCCUUCAUUCAUUUUUUGGCAAAUAUUUGUAUGACUUUUUUGCAUGGAAGAGAAAGAAGAAUAGUGGCGAUCAAGACAAAACAAAUACAUUGGUUUCAAGAAUUGAAUCUACCGAAAAAAGGGAAGAUAUGGAUGUGAAAAUAGCAAGUCAUAACAAAUCCGGUUUAGGUCAACAUUCACAAAGCUCAGAAAAAACACAAGAAGUAAAAUCAGAAGAAGAAACAUUUGAAGCUUUGUCAGAACACACUCCUCCUUCUCUAGAUGCGACCCAAUCAAAUCUUCACAUUGAAACUGAAAAAUACUACAAUCUGUUUAAUUUUUUUAGCUGGUUAGUUCACCAGUUAUUAUACCAUUUUGGAUUUCGAAAUUGGUUCCGUUGAUAAUUGAACAUUAUAGAAAAGAAUUACAAAACUGCUAAAUAGCACAGGUAAAACUGGAAGAUUCAAUUUGAGGGUUCUCUGUGCUAUCUCCCCCUCUCUUUCUCUCUCUCUCUCUUUAUCUUUCUGACUAGAAAAGUGGGUGAUGGGUUAUUUGUGAGUAUCGUUGCUGUUGAAAUGUGGAUAACGAACUCAACUUAGCGCCUUUUGAAGAAUGUCCUUCUCUUCAGAU